AUGACUCUACAUAACGGACCUUUAGACCAAGAAGAUCAGGAUGCAAUUAUACUAGAUGCCAGAGCUGGUGAUCUGGAAUCUCUGAAAGAGGUUUUUGAAACACUAAUAGACCCCUCGAGGCUAUACACCUGUCGAGAUCUUGAUACAAACUCGACUGCGUUACAUAUGGCUGCUGGUAAUGGCUAUGUGGACGUUGUUGAAUACAUCUUGGGUACAGUCCCCCCCGCGGAAUUGAAAAAGUACGUGAAUUUGCAAAACAAUACGGGGAACACUGCCCUUCACUGGGCGUCCUUGAACGGUAAAUUGGAUGUUGUCGAACUACUGUGUGACAAGUUUGAAGCAGAUCCAUUUUUAAGGAAUCAAUUUGGCCACGAUGCCAUCUUUGAAGCUGAAAAUAAUGGCAAAGAGGAGGUCGAGAACUUUUUCUUGAAGAAAUACGAUGUCGAACCAGAAAGUGAUGAUGAGGACAGGAAGGACAGCGAUGGCAAGAAAUCUAACGUUGCCCCUGCCGUGAACCAAAAUAAGGAAGUUCAGAUAUCGGAGGGGACAGAAAUCGAAAGUAUCACCAAAGAGGCGACAGAAGCUCUGAAAGAGCAAACCGAAAAGCUAACCUUGCAAGAUAAUUAA